GUGGCAGAGGCAACUCCCUAAACUCUACCGCCGGUUCUGCAUACUCUGUCCUUGCCUGUCAUUAUAGUGUCUUUAUCAGCUGUUAUCAACGCCUACAAAAUCUCUGACACGCGCCCCUCCUCAGCCCAACUGAACACAUUUCCCAAAGGGCUUUGCGAGCAUCCGUUGACGUGGCCGACGCGACGUUGCACAGCAUACCGGGUGGAUUUGAACUUUGGCUGGAGAGGAUAAAGCAACUGGCUCAAGUGGUUUAACUUGAUUUGGGUUAAGCUACUCUUAUUUAACGUUAAGUUAUUUAUUAGACGUUUUUUUUGCUUUUUGUUUUGUACCCGUUUGUAAUGUCCGGCAAAAUUAAGAGCAGAAGCGCGGCCAAUGCCGACUCGAUCUCCGGCACUGUGUCCUGCGAUGAACGCAUCCUUCGGGAUUGUCACCAGAUGUAUAUCGAUGGCGACAGCGGGUUGGUAGCUAUCGCCCAGUCUGUCGGGGUGACGCUCCUGGCGCCCCGCAAGAAGAUCACGGUGAUGUUGAUGGGGAACCACUCGGCCGGAAAGAGCUCCUUCAUCAACUGGUAUGUGGAGGAGCACAUUCAGAGGACUGGGGUUGCCAUAGAGACACAAGGCUUCAGUUUCGUCACCAGUGGCCGCAAGAGGGAAUCUCUUACUGGCAAUGCGACUCUUCACCUAUACCCCCACUUCAAGCCCCUGCAGGAGUUCAAAGGUGUGGCAGAGUACCUGGGCACGGAGAUCUGCACGUCCCGUCAGAAGCGCUUCAGUCUGGUGACGUUUGUGGACUCGCCCGGGCUGGUGGACGGGGAUAUGAAGUACCCCUUCAACGUGGACCAGGCCAUCCUGUGGCUGGGUGAGUUGUGUGAUCUGAUCCUGGUGUUCUUCGACCCGAUGGGUCAGGCCCUGUGUAAGCGCACGCUGAACAUCGUGGAGCAACUCAACGACCGGCAGGGAGAGAGACUCCGCUUCUACCUCAGCAAGGCCGACGAGGCGGGGGGGGAGUCUGACCGACAGAGGGUCAUGAUGCAGAUCGUUCAAGAACUCUGCAAAAGGCCGGGACUCAACAAGUGUGGCUUUGAUAUGCCCACGAUAUACAUCCCCAACCCCAACAAGUCCAGCCGGUGUGUGAACCAGAUUGAGGAAGUGUGUCGCACCAUCGAGAGGACGAUUAACCAGACGGUCCAGAACACUCUUAACGCCCUGGAGAAGGACUGUGAGCUCAUCACCGAGGCCAUCACAGACACACUGCAGAACGACAGGCAGUGCAGCGUGGAGAACAGGCGUGCGCGCUGUAAAGGGUGUGUGUUCGGCCUGCUGGGCUUCACGGUCCCCCUGCUUCUGAUGGCGGCGCUGGUUCUGGGGACUCUGUCCAAAGACAUCCUGGAGAUCGCCCUCGGGGAGCAGGGGACACACACACUCGGACAACACCUGAGUCCUGUUGUGAAGGCGUUUGAGUCGUUGUCAGUGGAGGUGCAGCUCUACGGGUGCGGAGCUCUCGUCUUCCUGUCCUUCCUCCUCCUCCUCAUCGCACGCUGUUCAUUCAGGACAAAGCCCACUCUGGCUGGCAAGCAGAAGAGGCAGCUGCAGGAGAAGCUUGACUACGUGAAGGAAGUGGUCAAGACCAAGAAGAAAAACUUGUAUGAGGAGUACCUGCGUCAGAGUGUGGGGGACCAGGACAUGGACUGAGAACACACACACACACACACACACACACGAGAAGACAUGGACUGAGAGGAGAGGAGAGAAGUACGGGAGGAAGAGAGGAUGAGGAAGGAGGAGUGAAGGCACUAUCAAACUCCAACACUUCAGCAACCAAUCACAGAUCAUGAUUCACCUCGCCUUACAGACACUGCUCAGCACCCGCAGGGGGGCCUGGGAAAUGUAGUUUACUUUACCACUUCCUGUGGUCACCACCUGUUCAGGACCAGGAGCACUCCAGUCUCUGCCGUCUGCCCCCGUUACUGAAGAACUCUUCUACCCAUAGUCCAGCCCUCACUGCCUACCUGUGUAAUACUGAUGUUGACCACUAGAGCGCGCUGUGUCUGUGUGCGCACCUGUAGCGUACUCUGUCCCCUUAACUGUUCUCCUAAUGGACUCAAGGACGGAUCCUCCUGCACCAGGAAGUUCGUUUUAACCCCAUCGUGACCCUGAACCCGUCACAGGCCCCUCGGAAUGUGCGUAACCAUUGAGUCAUGUCUGUGGCAUUAAUGCUCUUAUUGAAAUUAAUCUGAUUGAUUUUCAUACUGUACUGAUCACUUCCUGGUGCAUGGGCCACAAAGUGAUGUCAUGAUGAUGUCAUGAUGUUGUCCAUGUCGGUUAAUGAAUUGCAAUUUUUGUACCAAAAGUUUUUCCUACUUUUUUCACUGAGCAUCCAUUAGUGUGUAGCCAGUAGAUGGGUGAUAAACACAAGCAUAAUAAAGUACUGUUCAAAACCA